AUGCAGCUGUCCUGUGAGUCAGUGAGACAUGCAGAGGACAGAAGACCGGCCAGCUGCAAGUUCUUAGAGCUCCAUGUGCUGUAUGUGCCAGGUGACCAGUGGAAUGUGAAGCUGAAUAAAGUCCCUGCUGAAGCCAUAGAGAGCUUCAUAUCUGCCGGAUUCAUCAGGGUUUAUCCUGAUAUCACCCUGAAAACUCUGAGGACAGAGCUGAGAGCUUUUCUUGGCGCUGAGAGGAGCAUCGACAAAUUCUCUUUUCUGAAAUGUGUGGGGCGCAGUUUAGCUCUGGUCAAGAGCAAUCAGGAGAGGGAUCUUAAAGUGAAGACAUUCGCGCCACCGUAUGCCCCGCAGCCGGAGCUCUACCUGCUGUCCGCUGUGGAGAGCGACAGCAGUGUUUGCUCCCAGUCUCUCACCCCAGACACCAGCAGCAGCUCGCCGGACCAGCAGACCUAUUACCAGCCUCCAAAGACCUGCAGCCAGCUAGCAGGAACAAAGGAGCCUGUUAAAUUCCCCCUCAUCCCCCAGUGUUCCCAUCAGCCACCUCCCACCCCCAGCCUGGGAGAGGAGGAAGAAGAGGAGGCAGAUGAGGAGCAAAGCUAUAGUUCUUCAGAGGCAGAAGAAGACAAUGAAGAGGGUCUGUCUUCCAACUUAGAGUGGGCAGAGCAGCAAUGUUGCACAAAGAAGCAUCACAAUCAAAGGGCACCACAGCCUGUUUCACAAAAUAACGCUUUACAGCGUUGUGAGGCAGAUUCAGAUGAGGUGAAGGAAAAUGAAGAAACCUGCAGAAAGAAGAAACAGCACCAGAGACAGAACAGAGGAGCCAGAGACUCAGGAGUCGUCCAGCCUCUGGAGGACAGAGAUUCAGGCUUUUCUCUCUCAGAUGGGCUGGGGAAAUCAAAAGACGCACAUGCACUGAAGUACAUCAGGAAUAAACAAAGCAGUGAUGUGAAAGAAAGUCCUGCUGUGUUGUCCCGGCCUGGGUUCUCUUCUCCUCCUCAAGGACUAGACUUGCCCAUAGUCACUCCAAAAAAACCUAUCCAUCGUGUCUUUCACACAAACAGAGAGGAACUGAUUGAGGAAAUAAAAAUGGUGAGGGAGGAGAGAAAGCAGCUGGAGUGGACAAGGCAGGAGUUGCUAAGAAAGGGGAAGGAUUUAUUGGCUCAAAACAGACACCGCAGGAACCAAGCCCGUGACAGUUGGAAGAAGAAAUAUUUUGAAACUAAAAAGGCCACAGCGCCAUUGGAGGAAAAUCUGAGAAACCUAAGACAGGAAUUGGAGACAUUUUACAACAAACUCUUGCACCAGCUCCAGGCCAGAGAUAACAGAGGGAAGCCGAGACGACAGGGCAGGUCUUCCAUAAAGAACGAGCUCAUCAUUCAGAUCAUGACGGAGAGCCAUGAGAUUGACAACUUAAAGAGGAAGGUAGAGGAUGCCAAGAUGAAGCUGAUAACAGAGAUAAAGUUGAGGAAACAGGCUGCCACAGAGCUGAGGGCCCUGAAGGCUGAGCUGGCCCAGAAGAAGAGUCAGUCCUCUCAUCCCGGCCCCAUGUCCUCUCUGGGAUUUGGAAGUACCACACGGGAAACACCGCAGGCUCAACGAACCUCCAUCUGAUUCAGUGCAUACCAUGGUUCCUACUGUUUAAGGCAAGCUAGAUUAAAGUCUGUUUGGGAUUUGUUUUAAUGCCAUUCAAUUCAGGACCAAAACUGAAAAAACACAAGAAUUAUCAAUUUAUCAUGCCAGGUUUUAAACACUUCCUGCUAUAGUGAAGCACAAGUCAGGUUUUUUUUAAUAUACAAAAAUAGAGGUUACCAAUUAUUUAGAGAUUUUAUAUUACAAUGUCAGACAAAAAGGAUUCAUAAAACCUGUAUUGUCAUGACAUUUGAACGAUUGAUUUAAGACAUUUUUAUACCAUUUAAGGCCUUGUUUUAGUUGUUUGGCCUUAACCAUGCGGGGACUGGACAGCACUUGAUUUGUUUUAUUUUAAGCAGCUGUGCUUUCCACAUGUCAUUCUUUUUUUUACCUGAGUUUUGUGCUGAUACUUUUCCCGCUUUUUAUUAUUAUUUGUAUUACUAAGUUGGUACUUUGACUUUCCUCAGGUGCUGUAAAAAAAAUCGUUUAACUGGUUGUGUAACUUCAAUAAGGCCCAAUCCCA